AUGUCUAAAUCGACUAAACAAGCAUCUCAAUCACAAAUCCGUAUUCUCCUCUCCGCAGCCAAAGCCGCUCCAACCCCACCUCUGGGCCCAGCUCUCGGUCAACGCGGUGUAAAGGCCAUCGACUUCUGCAGGGCAUUCAACGAACGCACAAAACAUUUCAUUCCCGACACGCCCAUUCCCACAUUAAUAACGGUAAAACCCGAUCGAACCGUCUCGUUUAUAACAAAACUCCCUCCGACAACAUGGCUAUUGAAACAGGCUGCUGGGAUAGAAAAAGGUGCAGCAAAACCCGGGAGUGAAAUUGUAGGGAAAGUUAGCUUGAAGCAUAUUUAUGAAAUCGCAAAGAUAAAGAAGGAACAAAAUGGGCUGGAGAGAAUUAGUUUGAGGGGUAUGUGUCGGGCAGUGAUCAGUACUGCUAAUGGCAUGGGGAUUAGGGUUGUACCGUGA